AUGGAGACGACGGAGGCCUCCCAUCGCCUGAUCGUGUGCGCAUUACUCUCGAUCUCGACCAAGGAAAGCUGGAUGGCCUCCCGCUCGCUGCUGUUCGUGAAUGACGCGGGCAAGGGCGGAAGCGGCGCGGCCAGCACGAACAAGGUCCGGGCCAAGUACAUGGCGCAGGCCCGGAAGGGGCGCAAGAUGGGCGAGCCCAUUCCUCUGGACAUCGAGAUCACGGACCUCGACAGGUCGCAGCAUCUCUCGCUCCCGCAGCAGCAGACGCUCGAACACCACAGGCACGCGCUCCCCACCCCACUCCACCCCACUCCACUCCUCGUUGACGAAGAAGGCGAACGCACGAUAUUCGUGGGCGAGGAAACGCGCCUCGUGAAAAUAAGCGAGGAUGUGGAUGAAACGGAAGAUGAGGGCAGGGAGGCGGACGCGAAGAGGGGAGACACGUCCGGGGAAUUCGCGAACCACACGGCGGAAAACGACCGGAAGAAGGCGGCGGCCAAGGAGAAGAAGAAGGGCGGCUCCGGCAAGAAGAAGCGAAAGGACAGCAAGGACGGCGGGGAGGGAGAGGGCGGGGACACGAGCAAGCUGUCGUCAUCGGAUCACCGGCUGACCAAGACCAUCUCCGGGCGCCGACUUCUCCUCAACGGCAGCAAGUCCACCAAGCCCCAACACGGCGACGACUCGCCCACCGGAUUCCGCAAAACAUUUUCGCUGGUCGAUGUACGGUCCUUCUUCAAAAGAGACGCGAAGGAAGAUAAAGAAGACAAGGUCGUGCCCAAGCGGGACGACCCAGGCGAUGGGAAGAAGAAAAAGAAGGACAAGAAGGCUGACUCCGCGCCCAGCACCCUGUCCGAGGAAAUCGCCAACGCGAAACCCAAACGUCCCGAGCUGAAGAGGAAUUCGGGCGGACUGCGGCACAUUCACUCCGACGACGACUUCACCAGCAAGCUGGCCGCUGUCGCCCCCGCCACGACGCCCGCCCCCAAGCCCUCGCCCUCGCCCUUGUCCAAGGGGUCUGCCACGUCAGCAUCGACGCCGGUGAGCUUCGACGAUAUUCCCAUCCCGCUGCUGGACGAGCCAUGGCUGCUGCCGGAGCUCACCGACGCGGAGCGGGCCGGCGCCUCGGCUCGGCAGAACGAGGCGGAUGAGGCCGAGGCGGUGGAUGAGGCCACCACCAUUCCCGCGUCGCUCUUGCGGAUGAGCGAGCAGCACCCGCACCACCCGAUCUACUUCACCAAGUCGGGCGUCACCCACACCUGGCAGUAUACCACCUUUGCGGAUGUGUCGGCUCUCGUGCGUCGAGUGAGCAGCGGUCUAAUUGCCCUCGGCAUGCCGCCGCGAGCGCGCACCGCUAUUUUGUCGUCCAACCGCUUGGAAUGGGUCGCGUUUUGUCUGGGCAGCAUGAGCGCGGGUGCCGUCCCGGCCGCCCUCCCCACGACAUCGACCACGCCGGAGACCACCCGCAUGCUGGCCGUCGCUCAGGCAAAUGUGGUGCUGGUGGAGAAGCGAGAGCAGUGCGAUGCGCUGCUCUCCCAGAGGCAGCUCUUCCCUCGCCUGAGACACGUUGUACUUUUAGACGGCUCGGCCUCCGGUUAUCCCGCGGACCUGGUCCUUACAUGGAGACAAUUGUUGUCGAAGGGAACCUACGGUAAUGUAAAUAACGCCGAGUUCCAGAACCGGCUCCAGAACCUUCAACCCACCGACCUCGCCACUCUAGCCUUCACCUCUGGCACCACUGGACAGGCCAAGUGUGUGAUGCUGUCGCAUCGGAAUCUGAUGUUUAGCGCGUGUGCGAUCGGUCGUCUGCUGGCCAUCAAGGAGUGCGACUCGCUCAUGUCCUUCCUGCCGUUUGCCCACGUCGCCGAGCAGCUGCUCGCCGUCUACGUGCCCGUCGUGGCGCGCUGCCGCAUCUACUUUGCCGAGAGCACGGCCAAGCUCCACCGCAACAUGCGCGAGAUUCAGCCCACGCUCGUCUUCGCCCCGCCCGAGCUCUGGCGGAAGAUCUACCUCGCCAUUCAGGGCAAGGUACCGGCGUCGGCGGCCCAGACGAUGAACGCGCCGGCGCUCUCGGCGUUGUGGACGGCCAUGGGCUUUGCGCGCGUGCGGUAUGCCGCCUGCGCCUACGGCUACCUGCCCGAGGAGGUGAGCGAAUCCCUGCAGAAGCUGCAAUUGACGAUCCACGAGGCCUACGGACAGACCGAAACGUGCGGUCUUACGGCCGUCAACAGCUCCGGGAACAGCCAGGCGGGCACUGUCGGUAAGGUCCUGCCCAACACCCAGGCCAAGAUCGACGCAGACGGUCAGAUCCUGGUCAAGGGCCACAACGUCUUCAUGGGCUAUCUCUCCGAGGAGGCUGGGCCGGUCGACGGUUGGUGGGCGACGGGCGAUCACGGUUCGAUGGACGCCGGCGGGUUCGUGCGCCUGGUCGGCCGCCGCGUGGAGCUGAUCACCUCGCCCGGCGACAAGGUGCUGCACCCGGAGAAGAUCGAGAACGCGCUCAAGAUGCUGCCGGCCAUCAACAACGUCAUCGUCUUCGGCCACCAGAAGCCCUACCUCACCGCCGUCAUCUCGCUCGACCCCUACUUCAUGGCCCGCGUGAGCAAGGAGAAGGGCGUGGCGGCCAAGGCCCUGUACAAAGCGCCCUACAUCAACGAGAUCACGGUGGCGAUCCAGAAGCACGUCGUCGCCGUCAACAAGCGCCUCCCGCGCGGCUUCCCCACCCUCAAGCGCUUCACCGUCCUCCGCAAGCAGUUCUCGCUCGAGCGGGACGAGUUGACUGCCGGCAUGCAGAUCCGACGCUUCGUGGUCGAGAAGAACUACGAGAAGGAAAUUGACAAGAUGUACGCCGACGCGAUGGGCGGCAGCUCGGCCCAGCGACCGCUGGCCAGCUCGGUCGGGGCACAGCAGCCAUCGUCGUCGUCAACCUCAUCACCACGGUCGGGCGCCGAGGCUCAGUCGCCGCCCAAGGCCGACAGCGCAGAGGAGAAGGAGGCGCAGGCUGAAGUCGCCCAGGCCGCCGCCGCCUCCGAGGAGGUGACGACGGCGGCUUCGGCUGCGCCGCCCGGCGUUGAGGUAGAGGCGGCCGAGGCCACGGCCACAGAGCCCUCGCCGAAGCGAGGAACGGCGCUGCUCUACGACAUGCUCAAGCAGGGCGCCGCCUCCCACAUGGGCCGCACCGUGUCCCCGCGCGACCCGGCCGCUGACGUCACCCCCGAGCCGGCGCACCCCGAGCCGGAGCCGGAGCCGGAGCUGCAGCAGGUGGUGGCCGCCGGCGUUGGAGCGCAGGGCGAGUCGACUGCCGAGCCCGUCGUGGUGUCGACACUGACGUCGGUCGAGGAGGCCACGCCGUCGACGGAGGUGGCGACGCCCGCCGAGAACGCAAAGAGCGAAGAAGAAUCGUCGCCGCGGAAAGAGGAGAGCGCAGGGGGGAGCGCGGCCGCCGCAACGGCGCCUUCGCCGCGAGCAUCGGAGGCGUCAGCCUCGAGGUCGACGUCCCCAAGGCCCCCGGCCGAGCCCUCUCCACGCGCCGCUGGCGACGGCGAGGCUUCCGUCAGCCCGGUCCCGCUCGACGAGCUCACGACCGAACCCGAACCGCCAGUCGCGCCGACCAAGGCAGCAGCGCCGGCGGCGGCGGACCUCUACGAUGUGCGUGGUGAGGUGGUGGAGGCCAGUGACGCCGAGCGCGGCUACACCACCACCAACACCGAGUGCUGCAGCUCCGCGCCGGAGACCGACGACACGACCACGGAGACUGAGACGGAGGAGACCACCGAGAGCGAGCGGGAGGACGCGAACAACAAAAAGAAGAAGACGAAGCGGCGGCCGCACGAAGAGGACGACGACUCUGCCGUCGACGGCGACGUCGAGCACGAAGAGGAGGACGAGCCUCCGUCGACCGGCGUCAGCGAAGACGAGGCCGCGCGCUCUCAUCAGCUCCGUCGGCCCGCCGCCGCCACCGCCGCCGGCUCGAGGCGGAGCGUCAGCCCUCAGCCGCAGCAGCAGCAGGACGAGGCCGAGCGGGAGGAGAAGGAGCGGCGGGAGCGGGAGCAUGAGGAGAAGAAGGUGCAGCUGGGCCUGAUGUGGGAGAAGGAGAAGGAGCUGAGCGAGACCGAGGAGCGCAAGCUCGAGGAGGAGCGGCGCGCGCAGGCCCGGCGGGAGCUGAUCGAGCGCAAGGUGGACAUGAAGUCGACCAUGGCCAUGUUCCAGAUGCUGGCCAAGACUUCGACCGCGCCCGUGCCCCACAACAAGCCCGCCACGACCAAGUCCUCCACCAAGCGCGGCACGUCGUCAUCGUCGUUGAUGACAUCGUCGAGCGACGGCGGCUCCAAGUCGGAUCGUUCGUCGCCGUCGGCGUCAGAGUCUGAGUCCUGGUCGACGUCACAGCCAUGA